AUGAAUCAACAACAACAACCUUAUCAUUUGUAUCUAUUGAAUCAAAAACCAAGAAAGAGUAUUCUCAAGACUACUGCCUCACAAGUUGGUGCUCCAAAAGCUUCAAAGACUGCUACUUUUUUCAAAGAAGAGCAACGAAAGGAGCCAAUUACAACUCUUCAAACAAAAACUCUUUCAUUCGGAGCCAACAACAGUUCUCCUCCUCAACAAGAACAACAAUCGGAAUCUAGCAAUAUGAGCAAAAGCAUUGGAUUUUCAUCACAAACUCCUGCUUUGAAUGAGAAUAUUUCAAGUGGUAGUGUUUCCCAGUAUUCAUUAGCUUCAACCCAACAAUUGGCACCAUCGAAAACAAUAGACUCUUCACCAACAACAUUCUUUUACAAGCCAUCACCGUCUUUACUCUUCCAAUCUCUCAUUUCUGACCUUCCAUUGAAACCAGAUGAUGUUUCCAAUCAAACAAUAAGCAACAAGCCACUCGACUCCUUAUCUUCCUUAAUGGAAACUAAUAAUGGUCAAUCGCUUUCCUCCAACAACAAUAUGAAUCAUCAUUUAACUUUUAACACUCAAUACUCCAAUACAACUCUCCAAAAUGAUUGCAACAAUAAUACAGAUUCAACAUGUCAACCUCUAGUAUUUCAAAGAAUGAACACAGUUUCAUCUCUUCUCUCUCUUUUCCCUUCAAUCCAAAAAGAAACACAAGACACAAAAAUGAGUCAACAACAAGUGGGCAGACAUGUUGCUCCAUCUUCUUCAGCAACAACCUCAUCGGAUAAUCUUUCUCAUCAUUCGUUGAUUAAUGGAGGUGUGGUAGGAUUAUCAAACCAAUCUAACAUGUUCAAAAAGGAUUACUCUAAAGCUAUAAGACAAUUUCAAAAUCAAACAACAAAUCAAUUUAUACAACGAACGAUAGCCUCCAAUCUAGAUAAUAUUCAAAAGAAUAGACCAAACAUUGCUUCCGACAGAUCCUUCCUUGAAGGCAUGGAAUUGGGAAUGCAAUUAAAUGGUUUUUUGAAUAAGCUUACACGUGAUAGCAAGGACUACAUCAAGGAAUUACUCGAUGACGUCUCCAGAAGAACAGCACAGGUUCCUCCAACUACUAUAGUGCACAAUAUUUCAUCACCAACCAUGCCAAUCAUUCCUACCACCACAACAUCACCAAUGCCAGUCACUUCACCAACCAUUGAUCCUUUCGUUCAUUCCUCUGUGCAAAACAUUAUGCAAAAGGGUCAAGAACAAGCUUUCCAAACCCUCUUUGUUAGGAAAUGUAUGCAAGAGGCUGUUUCUAGAGCCAUUCACAACUCUCAACACUAA